AUUACUCAGGUAUGGCUGCAGCGCGCGCAGCGGCAACGAGGAUCAUAUCGCUGCUCGUCCUGCCACUAUGCGUGACAGGAGCAGCAGGGAGCCUGCAGCUGGACGUGCCAGCCACCGUGCACGUGCAGCUGGGGCAGACGCUGGAGGUGCCGUGCAAGCGGGCCGACGGCAAGGAAGCCGCAUUCGAAGCCGUGCUCGAGUGGUUCUUCGUGGACAAUGCCCGCGGCCGAGUCCCCAUCCUGUACCGCAGGAACAAUUUCCGUCCCCCCGUGGACGCGCCUGACUACGUGGAGCGCGCGAGCCUCAAGCCCGGAACGUCGACGCUGGUGGUGGAGGGCGCGGGCCUCCGGGACGAGCGCACCUUCGUCUGCCAGAUGACGGACAGCGCCGGGGAGAGGGGCGCGGGUGCCGCCAGCGUCCGAGUCUUCUCACUUGGAGACCUGGAAAUAACUGCCAACCCCGAACCGAUUGCAUUAAACAACAAGACAGCAUUGGUCACUACGUGUCAGACCAAGAACAGCUACCCACAACUGCAAAUCGGCUGGUACAAAAACGGAAUAGAACUCAAGAGCAUCACAGCGAUGAGCAUGAGUCUGCAAGCCAAUGGGCUGUACACGCUGUCCUCCAAGCUGGUGUACGUGGUCACCAGGCCGGACCGCGGCGCUACGUACCACUGCGCCGUGUCGUACAGGGCCGACGCAGAGGCAAAGUCCAUCCAGUCGGACGGCGUGAAGAUCAAUCUGCACUACCCACCGGACAGAGUCGUGCUGUCUGUCGCGUCACCGACGGUGGCCAUCAAGGAGAGGGAUGACGUCAUGCUCAAAUGCACUACCGAUGCAAACCCCCCGCCCAACUACAGCUUCUUCAGGGUAUUUGCGGAUGGCAGGGCGGAGGUGGCGGGUAAGGUGCGGGGCGGGCUCCUGAUGCUGCGCGGAGUCUCGGCUGACAUGAACGGACUCUACAUCUGCAGGGCGAAUGCCACCGGGAAGUGCACGGGGCACAGUGCCAUGUCCUCGCCCAUCAACGUCACCAUCAACUAUAUUGAUCCGCUGAAUCUGGUUCCCUUCGGACCGCUGACCGUGAGGGCUGGGGUCAGGGUUCACGUCACCUGCCAGAGUUCGGGCUCUGGACCUCUCUCGUACCGCUGGAUCAAGGAUGGCACGACUGUGUCACACUCGACAAAGGUCGUCAUAGAGAGUGCACAGUUCAGCGAUGCUGGCGUCUACACCUGCAAUGCCUGGCUGCUGGCUCACCCGCACAUCACCGCCAGCGAGAGCGUCAGCGUGCUCGUACAAGGAAAGCCUCACAUCCUGCGUGAUGAGGACGUGUACCUCCAGAAUGAGGGAAGUGCCCUCUCCCUGGUGUGCGAAGCAGUCGGCUUCCCCAAGCCCAACAUCAAGUGGAGCCACGCUGGAAGGCCUAGCAACACCGAGAGCAUAAAAGACAACAAGCUCACAAGCGAACUGAAGGUCAGGGUAGCAGAUGACCUGCGGUACGUCACGUGCAACGCAUCGAACCAGUAUGGGGCAGCGGUGAAAGUUUUUCAUUUGCAACAUCCGUCAGCAGCAGAAGAUGCGUAUAUAAUCGUUCUGGCUGUCGCUGCAGCACUACUCAUAAUAGGAUCCGUUGCGUUCAUCAUGUGGCGAAAAAGGAGGCAUCGUUAUAGAAGACACAAUGGAAUGAAUGGCACCAAUCUCCACACGGUAAUGCUGGGACUGGCAGAGAUGGAUGACGAUGGGCACGAGGGUGACGAGUGCGACUUUGCCUACCCCGCUAUUAUAGUAUCCUCCCUAUAGCGGAAAAGCGGUGUUUGCUUUGAGGACGUUCCCAGGCAACUGCACUCGGCGGCGUUCGUCAGCGCCGGGCAUGGCAGCGGUGUUCGCGAAGGACCUAUCACUGUAAUCGGUCUUUCUUUAAUCAAGUGUUCACUGGGGUUGUUUAGUAUUCUGAAGAUCCAGGCAAAGGCUCGUGCAGCCCAGACUGGGGGGGGGGGGGGCGGUGGUGGGAGGACAAAAAUAGUUUUGGGAAGAGCGAUGUUUCAAAGUGGAGUUCCCUUCAUGCAUUGGCUUCAGCAAGCAGCAAGCCAAUGAGAUGUUAACGGAAACAAAGAACACGGGCAGGUUCGUAUGUGAACUCUUCAUUGGGCAUUCAAGGAACAUUGCGAGUGAAGCUAUCAGAAGCCACCUGCUUAAAUAAUGGGUUAACCCACCAUGUGCAUAGCAACAGUGUGAAUAACACCAAACUCAACCUUGCCCAAUCUCAGACGUGGCUUGUAAUUUUAAACACAUAAAAACGUAAUGUAUCUUGCCCAUUAAGAUGAACUUUUUACGAUAAUUCUGAAAUGUAUAACAAAGAUGGGUAUAUUCUCAGGAAAUGUAUGUAUGCUUAUCCUCAAUCUAAGCCUUUUAUUUCGUGGUUUCCUCCAACAUGUCAACACUCAUGAAUUGUAUAUAUGUUGAACUUCUUUCGCACCGUACGUAACCAACCGUGCUAAUCGAAGGUGCGGGGGAAGGACAACAAACUAAACACAAACAUCAGUUUAAAAACGUUUUAUUGGCCAAUGAUACCAUUUUACAUAUAUAUGUAGGACCACAGAACUUGGGCAGUUGUUGUGGCCGGUUUAUCACGUGGCUGCCUUCCUGCUCGUCUGUGCUUCCUCCUCGCACCUCGAGAGGCAAGUUCUCUCUCGACGAGAGCGAGUGCAGAAUGUGUGCUUUGUCGGUGGAAAUUGUUAGCAAAUUAAGCUCUGGUAAAUCAGAAUCCGUCCCAAUCGGUGUAGGAACAGGUUUGAGUCAAGUAGUCAAAUGCAGAAGAAGGCCUUUUUAAAUCCUUUAUAUUAAGUUCACUUGCUUGCUUGCUUGCGCGCUUACGACCGUGCAAAUCUUUCGGUCGUUUUUUAACCCACUUCCCGUGAUCCAAUCGAGCUGACAUUUUGCACACAGACUCGUUGUGCGUGACACUUUAUUUUCGUGAAAAAAUUUUUCCAAAAUUUUACACUUUUUAGGAAAAAAUUAAUUAUAUUUCAUUACCAAUUGCUUAAUGGUGGCAGGCAAUCAUCUGACCCAUAUGUGGCAGCCAUCUCAAGCCAGAGGAUGAGAGGACUCUAGCCGCCACGCAUAUAAAGGAUUUAUAGUGAGAAACUUUGUUUUUACGGGUCAAUUUUUUUUUAUUAAGGGUGAAGAUACAGCCCUGCAAUUACUCACUCCAUCACUCGCACAAGGGCCUCCACAUCUUAGAGGGAGGUCCAGAGCCCCACUCGAGGGUAUUUGAGCUGCUCUUCCAUGCUGGCCAGAUAUUUUGGAAGCAGUUUUUAUGAUGCAAGUAUAAAAUGAGUGAUUAAAACAUUUCUAUGUCAGUACUCUAAUCUAUUUCUAUAAAAGGAAAAAUUGUGAAUAUGUGCAUCUGUUCGAAAUGUUUAGCAUACUUACCGACAUGCAACAAACUUGAAAUUUGGCAUGUGGGUAGCUUUCAGACUGUACACAAUGCAAAAAGUAUAAAAAUUGACUUUUGUAUUUUGGGGGGGGG